GAUUGGUUGGAUUAUUCACUACCCAAUGACUUGUCAUCGUCAACAUUUGAAACUCAAGCGGCAAUGGUUCUGUCGUGACAAUUAUUUUGACCAUUUAAGUUUUGUGGUGGCUUUGUUAUACUAGUCGGAGCUCGACGUAAAUGUGAGUCUACUUGUACGGGCUGCAAGCACUGACGGCAAACAUAUACAGAUCACCUUAAGUCUUAGUCAUCUCCAACAGCACCGGAAAAAGUCCAGAAUGGCUAACUUGUCAUCGGGGUGUUCGUCAUCUGUUCUGGAAAAUCAAGACGUGGAUAAAAACUGGGAAAACAUUCCCCCUGGAUUACCUGCAUCAUACACGCAAUAUUUGGAUUCUGAGUACUUCCCGGAUAUCACACUCGUUGAUGUCACACGAGACUUCGAAAUUCAACAAAGUAUGAAUGAUUUAUCUGCACUUAAAAGCAUCCCAACAACACCUCUGUCUGCAAGGGAGUCAGUCAGAAAGCUUGAGAAGGUAGUGCCUCCCAAGAUCUCUAAGAAGGAUUCCACUCUGACUCCAAGAUUGAAAGUAAACAGAGAAAACAGACAGCCUCCUCACUUGGAUAGCAAUGCUUCUGUGUUUUGGUUAUAUGAUGAGUGUUUACCAGACAUUACUGAUGUCUCUUUUGAUUGUGAAAUGCAGCAGAGUGUAAACUCACCUGGUGAUGAUCAACCUGCUGGCGUGAUACCCACAACUGACAUUUCACCAAAGCCUACUUUUGAGUCAAAUAUGGAACAUGUAGCAAUGCUGAAUCUUGAUGAAGCCACCAAGAAGAACACUACUACACAAAAUGUGAAUGAAGAGCCGAAUAGUCCUACCACAGAGUGUGUACUUGCAGAUCAAGAUAGCCUGCCUUCUGGGAAAAAGGCUAAAACCUGCGCGACAAGUGGUAACAACAACAUAAUUACCAUGAUGUCAGAAACGAGCUUAAUUGGCGGCCACCACAAUACCGUUAAUGGAAAACCUCAAUCCAAUAGCACAAUAACCAUGUUAGAGAGCAGCUCCUGUGAUGCUCACCCUCCCCAGUCUAAUAGUACAUUAACUUUGUCCGAAAAGAUAUCCAGUGAUGAUCAACACAACAGCUUUGAUGGUAACCCUCCCCAGUCCAGUAGCAUGAUAACUAAUAAUUCUAGUGAUGGUCACCAGAACACUUUUGAUUCUAAAUCUUCUUCUCAGUCCAAUAGCACAAUAGCAAUGUCGGACAGUAGCUCCAGUGACGGUCACCACAACACCUUCAAUACUAACCCUCCCUCUAAGACCAAUGGCACAAUAACAAUGUCGGACAUUAGCUCCAGUGACAGUCACCAUAACCUCAGUCAUCCUCCCUCUCAGACCAAUAGCACAAGAAUCACUUCUGAAAGCAGUUCUAGUGAUGGUCAACACAACAUCUUGGAUGCUAACCCUCCAUCUCAGCCCAAUAGCACAGUAAACAUGCCAGAAAGCCACUCAUUUGAAUGUCACCAAAACACCUGUGAUACUAUCCCUCCUCAUUCUGGUUGCAUAAUAACCAACAGUUGUAGUGAUGGAAAACGCAUAACCUUUGAUGCUAACCCUCCUCAGUCCGGUACCACAAUAAUCAACAGUUCCAGGGACGGGCACCACAACAUCUUAGAUGCUAACCCUCCAUCUCAGACCAACGGCACAAUAACGAUGUCAGAAAGCAGUUCCACAGAUGUGCACCACAACACCUUUGAUGCCAACCCUCCUCAGUCUGGCAGCACAAUAACCAACAGUUCUAGCUGUGGACACCAUGGUGCCUUCAAUGCUAACCCUCUAUCGCAGACCAAUAGCGCAAUAACGAAUUCUCAAAGCAAUUCAAGUGACAGUACCCACAACACCUUUGAUGCUGACCCUCCUCAGUUGAAUGGCACACUACCUGUGUUGGAAAGUGGCUCCAGCAAGAACCAUCACAACACUUUUGAUGCCAAACCUCCUUCUCAGUCCAAUGGAACAAUAACAAUGUCGGAGAAGAACUCUAGAGAUGAUCAACACAACACCUUUGAUGCUAACCCCCCUCAGUUGAAUGGCACACUACCUGUGUCGGAACGUGGCUCCAACAAGAACCAUCACAACACUUUUGAUGGCAAACCUCCUUCUCAGUCCAAUGGCACAAUAGCAAUGUCAGAAAAGAACUCUAGUGAUGAUCAACACAACACUUUUGAUGCUAACCCUCCAUAUCUCAGUGGCACAAUACCUGUGUCGGACAGUAGAUCCAGUAACAAUCACAACAACAUUUUUGGUGACAAACCUCAAUCCACUGGCACGAUAACAGUGUCAGAGAAAAACUCGAGUGGUGAUUGCUCUAAUGACAAGGUGUUAGAAUCGCUUCAGGGCACAUUUGAGGCCAAUCCCGGCAAAGAAUUUUUGCCCUCAACUCAAUAUGAGGCCAAGGACCCUUCUGAAUCUGUGCCCGCAGACCAAAGCGUAGAUACAAUCCUCAACAGCAAAGCUCAAUCUUUAAAUUUGGAUGACACCCUUGAUUUGAAAAGUGAGGCGUUGAUUACUUCAACGCCAAUGACUAGUUGUAAAAUGUUCACCUUCGCUGAUCGGGACAAGGGCAAAUCGCUGGUAGCACCAAAAAGUCUCUAUGGCGAUGCUGCCAGUAAGCCAGCGGUUCAGGCAAAUACGUCCAACGUGCCAUCAAACAUCAUCUGUGAUCGAAAGACAAUCCUGUCCGCUAAAUCCCUGCUGCCUGCCUUCAAAACUGCAACGCAGCUGCUCAAAUUCAAGCCGGCGUCGUUGCUUCCAGGACAAGGCGAGAUGAUUGGAUCAGGUCUCCCUAUGAUUAGACAAAGAACUACGGCUGAAGCUUUGAGUGCACGCACACUUCAGGAGGGUUCAGUCGUGUCCAGCUCAUAUAACCUGAGAGCAUCAACGACAGCAUCCAAGCUGCCAAAGUCUGGACUGGAGAGGCCACAGUUGAGUGCAAGACCAUCAAGCCUCCCCAAAGUGGCGCCACUCACUAGACCGCCACCCACAAGAAGCAGCACACUGGCUUCCUCGAGUGCUGCUUCGAAUGCUGCAGUCAAGAUUCCCCAAACAAGGAAGCACAACUUAGCCAGAGAUGAACCAGUUGUGAAGAAGAAGACAAAGAUGGAUGUUCCAAAGUCGUCCAGUCACACUGUAGCAUCAACAUCUUCUGAGGGUGCAAUAAACUCAGCCAGAACCUUGAGGCAGUCUGCCAACUGUCAACGAGCUGUGGUGGCUAAAGGCCAGAAGGACGAUGCUGCAGUGUCUACCCGGUCUGCUGCGACCUCAGCAGCUAGUGAGGCUGCCUCCAGAACGAAAAGCAUAAAAAUGCCAGUGACGAAUCAGAGACCUCUGCUGGCUAAAGGCCACGGUUGUGCCAAUUGCAUCGUGUUGGAGCGGGAGCUUAAAAGACUGAAAGAAGAACUGCAAAAGUACAAGAAAGAAGACUACAUGUGAAGCACCCCAUUCCAUCAUAAAUAUGAAAAUUGUGCAACUGUAAACUUUCACAUUCAUAAGAUUUCAUCUAUGGUAAUACAUUUUUUGUGUGAGCAUAGUCACAUAGGUCAAGUAUUUUUUGUAUAUGUUAUGGUGCUUUUCCCGAAAGGCUAUAUGUGAAUGACCACAGGUGACCUUUCAAAAAUUCAGUUUUGUCUAAACAAGAGCAACAUUGUUUAAUUCAGUAUGAUUUAAAAAGCCUAAUAGAUAUAAAUUGUUAUAAUUUACACAAUGUCUACAUGUAUUCAUUAAAGGCAAGAAAUUCAAA